GCCUCAGCGGUCAAAGAGGAGAUGAUCGAUGAUUUCAUCGCCCGCGUUGAUUGCGCGGUUGUCGCUGAGAGCAGCGCAGACGAAGAAAUUACGGGGGCCUGCCGAAGGGCUGGGCAGCCACGGUGGGCCUAUGGCAACAGGCGAGGGCACGUGGACGUGCUCUGCCUGCGGGCUCAUUUUCGAGUGGUGUUCAAGCCACCGCCCGCUGAGUUGGCUGAGCCAGAGACGCCGAAGCCAGCGCCAGCUGCGGUUGUUCCGUCCCCGUCUGCGGGCGACAUCGGCCGCGACAGGGCUGGUGCGCUGUACGCGUACCAAACCGAUGGUGCGUGGAGGCUUCAGAACCCCAAUCAGCAGAAGAUGCUGAUCAAGAUCAAGAAGCUUGACCUCCUGACCGUUCCCUACUUGACUGAAGGGAGCAGGGUCCUGCUUCUUACUGGGGUUGAAACAAGGUACGAGCCCGUAGCCGAGGCGGCGGGCAGUUCUUCUGCCGCCUUUCUGGCAGAGGCCUCUGCCGUGACGGCCAAGCCGCCUUCUCCUGUCUCUUCGGCUGCGCAGGCCAAGGCAAGUGUUGCCAAGCCUCCGAAGAAGGCUAAAGGGAGUGUUGGCGCCGCUCUUUCUGGAGCUUCUGCUGCCGAGCGGCUUCUCCCGCCUGUCCCGGCGCCGAAGGCGGCCGGCACGGUGGUGCCGCCCACGGCGACCUUGCCGGACUUCUGGAGGGAGGCGCCCACCUCCUGUUCCAGCUACUUCGCCUGCCAAGAGCCCCGUGUGGCGGGCUCAGCAGAGUCGGCCCG